AUGGCCAGCACGUGGCCAACGCGAGUUUUGCACCAGGGCUUCAAGCAUCGCGACGUGGUCGAGGGGCAGCUCGACAAGGAGGCGCCGACCCUGAGCCGCCUAGGCCGACACACCAUCAUGCAAUGGGCGACAGUGCGUAAGAGUAACUUGCUUUCCGCCGACGUGAAGUCCUCCUUCCUUCAAGCUGACUACGUGGAGUCCCGCGGGUUGAAGCUGUACGCCACACCUACCAAGGAGAUGCGGGAGAUGCUGUCACCACAGAUCGUCACCAAGGAGAUCGGGUUCAAGAACCAUUGGCUCGAGGACUGCUCAUUACUCAGCCUUCGGAUCGCGAGGGCCAGUGACGACCCGUUCGACAUCUGCGUGAUCGACGGCCAGCACUACGUGGUGGACGGCCUGAUCGGGAAGCACGUGGACGAUUUCUUGGGACGCGGAGAGAGUGCGAAUACGGAGGACGAUCUGCACACGCCCGUGGACGACCCCGAGCCGUUCAAGGCUAGGCUCGCUCCACUGAACCAGAAGUUCAAGUUCGGCAAGUUCGAGAAGUGUUUGCACGCGGUCAAACCGAUCACCAUCGACAAGGUCCGACGUGCGAACCCGACGAGUCCAUUGACACCGAAGGAGUUGACAAGUUUCAGGACGCUGAAUGGGCAGUUGCAGUGGCCAGCCGCGCAAGGAAUCAUUAUUGCAGCCGUCACCGUGUCGUUCCGUGCUGCUGCGACGGGCAACGCCACCGUGCAGGACAUGAUCGACGCGAACAAGGACUUGAGAUUCCUGAAGGCCAAUGCGGACGUCGGGCUGCACUUCAGUUUCUACGAGCCAUGGAGCGCUAUGAGGAUUGGAACUUACUCGGAUGCUAGCUGGGCGAGCCGACCUGACGGGAGCUCACAGGAUGGUUACCAGAUCUUCAUCGGACCUGCCGAGGAGCUUGAGAGGGGCACGCCUACACAGAUCGUGGCUAUGGAAUGGGCUUCGAAGAAGUCGCAAAGCCUGUGCAGGAGUUCGUUGUCAGCCGGGGCUCAGGCCGCCGCGCUGGGCGUUGAUUCGCUCAUGUGGGUGAAGAUCUACGUGGCGCUGAGCUUAAGGCCCGACCUGACGGGCGACGAGGCCAUGACGCACUUCGGCCAGUCCCCUCUCAUCACGGACGCCAAGUGUCUCGAUGACGCCUCGCGGUCAGUUACCGCGGGAUUGAGCAUCGCCGAGAAGCGCGCCGCCAUCGAGGUCAGGAUCGUGCACGAACAGAUGAAGGAGAUUGACGCGAUCUGGAGAUGGGUCAACACUCGGCAGCAGCUGCGGACAUACUACGACGUGGAGUACAUGCGCUUGAAGUACGACCCGAAUUUCGUGGCGGGGAAGAAGCUGAGCAAAAGGCAGGCGGAGCUGCGCGAGCAAGAGCUGGAGCAAGCCGGCGACCGAGACUACGGACGCGACGCGCGCACCCUGGUCGAUCUGGACGGUGGCGCGCGGGGCCUCCUGGCGUCUCUCGUGUUUGUGAUCGUGUUAUUGCUGGGCAUCGGUCUAGCGACCGGCUACUGCAUGGGGAAAAUGGUUGACGUAACGCUGGCCCAGCGGAAGAUGGAGAGCCCCACGGACACA